CUCCUCCAGCUCAACCCCCAGCAUGGCCGCGUCCACCAUGUCCGUCUGCUCCAGCAACAUGAGCUACGGCAGCCGCGUCUGCCUUCCUGGUUCCUGUGACUCUUGCUCUGACUCCUGGCAGGUGGACGACUGCCCAGAGAGCUGCUGUGAACCCCCCUGCUGUGCCCCCAGCUGCUGUGCCCCGGCCCCCUGCCUGACCCUGGUCUGCACCCCAGUGAGCUGUGUGUCCAGCCCCUGCUGCCAGGUGGCCUGUGAGCCCAGCCCCUGCCAAUCAGGCUGCACCAGCUCCUGCACGUCCUCGUGCUGCCAGCAGUCUAGCUGCCAGCCGGCUUGCUGCACCUCCUCCCUGUGCCAGCAGUCCUGCUGUGUACCUGUCUGCUGCAAGCCUGUGUGCUGUGUGCCCGUCUACAGUGGGGCUUCUUCUUCAUGCUGCCAGCAGUCUAGCUGCCAGCCAACUUGCUGCACCUCCUCCCCCUGCCAGCAGUCCUGUUGUGUGCCCGUCUGCUGCAAGCCUGUGUGCUGUGUGCCCACCUGCUCUGAGGACUCCUCUUCAUGCUGCCAGCAGUCUAGCUGCCAGCCAGCCUGUUGCACCUCCUCCCAAAACCAGCAGGGCUGCUGUGUGCCUGUCUGCUGCAAGCCCAUCUGCUGUGUGCCUAUCUGCUCUGGGGCUUCCUCUCUCUGCGUGCCUGUCUGCUCUGGGGCUUCCACUUCAUGCUGCCAGCAGUCUAGCUGCCAGCCAGCUUGCUGCACCACCUCCUGCUGCAGACCCUCCUCCUCCGUGUCCCUCCUCUGCCGCCCCGUGUGCAGGCCCGCCUGCUGCAUGCCUGUCUCCUCCUGCUGUGCCCCCACCUCCUCCUGCCAGUCCAGCUGCUGCCGCCCGGCCUCCUGUGUGUCCCUCCUUUGCCGCCCUGUGUGCUCCCGCCCGGCGUGCUGCGGCCCCACCUCAACCCAGAAGUCCAGCUGCUGAGUGAUCUCCUUAAGAUCAUCCAAAGCCGAGUGCUCACUGCCCCUGCACCCCUGGGUUCUUUACCCUUGACGGCUCUCCACAUCCCGCUCCUGAGCCCUGCAGUGUGCGUCAGUGGCCAGCUGGCCACCCAGUGUGCACUUCUCCUCCUAGCAGCAGCUCAGCUGUUUCUCCAAGUCUUGACUUUCCCCCAGUUACCCAGCCCUGCCUCCCCAGCAACAGGUGGGCAGUGACCCAGCAAAGUCAGUGGGUCCUCCCAGCCCAUGAC